AGUAUGUAUAGGUAUAUCAUUUUCCCUAUACCAUCCGAACAUAAACACCUUUAGCAAAUUUUCUCUCGUCAUCUCUUACAAGGCCGCCCCAACAUGGGGACCAAAAUCGAUCACCGCCUUCACGUCUUCUUCUUGCCCCUCAUGGCUCAAGGCCACCUUAUUCCCGUCAUCGACAUGGCCAAGCUCUUCUCUUCCCGAGGCCUCAAAUCCACCGUCGCCACCACCUCUCACUUUGCUCCCUUCCUCUCCAAAUCCCUCCAAAACGACACCGAUUCCGUCGUCGUCACCUUCAAGAUCCCUUCCGCCGACGUCGGAUUGCCCGAAGACGUCGAGGCCGUCCACAUGGCCAAAACUCCCGACAUGCAAAACCGCUUCUUCAAGUCCUGCGGCCUUCUCGGCCCGCGGAUCGCCGACAUCCUCGAACGAUACCGUCCAGACUUCCUCGUCGCCGACAUGUUCUUCACGUGGGCCCCGGACGUCGCCAAGGAGUUUGGAAUUCCCUGCCUCGUCUUCCACGGGACUUCUUAUUUCUCCUUGUGCGCCGGUCUGAGCGUUUUCCUUCACCAGCCUUACAAGACGGUGUCCGAUGAUUUGGAGCCGUUCGUUAUUCCGGAUUUACCGGACGAGAUCGAGUUCACCAGAAGCAGAGUGGCAGAUUUCGUGAAGAACAACGACGGAGGCGUUCUUUCGACGUGGUACAAAGAGAGCAAAGCGAUGGAGGAGAGGAGUUAUGGGGUUUUGAUGAACAGUUUUUACGAGCUGGAACCGGGUUAUGCGGAUCAUUACAGUAAUUUCCUCGGGAGAAAGGCUUGGAACAUUGGCCCGCUUUUCAUGUACGAGAAAAGGACCGAACAGAGGGCUAAAAGAGGAAUGGAAGCCUCCAUUGACGAGCACGAGUGCCUGAAGUGGCUCGAUUCGAAGAAACCCGAUUCGGUAAUUUACGUCAGUUUCGGAAGCGUGGCGAAUUUUGAUGACAAUCAGUUGAUGGAGCUCGCUGCGGGGCUUGAGGCGUCCGGGCGGGAAUUCAUUUGGGUUGUGAAGAAGGAGAAGCGAGAAGGAGUGAGAGAAGAUUGGUUGCCGCAAGGAUUUGAGGAGAGAAUUCAAGGGAAGGGACUUAUUAUAAGAGGUUGGGCGCCACAAGUGACGAUCCUCGAACACGACGCGAUCGGAGGAUUUGUGACGCAUUGUGGUUGGAAUUCGACGUUGGAAAGCGUUUGUGCGGGGGUACCAAUGGUCACUUGGCCGGUGUCGGCGGAGCAGUUUUUCAAUGAGAAGUUGGUGACUAAAUUACUUAGAAUUGGGGUUGAAGUUGGUGCUAAGAAAUGGAGGAGAUUGUUGGGGGAUUUUGUGAAGAGGGACGCCGUGGAGAAGGCGGUGAGGAAGGUUAUGGAAGGAGAAGAAGCAGAGGAAAUGAGGAGGAGAGUGAGGGGAUUUGCUGAAAUGGCGAGAAGAGCUAUUGAGGAAGGAGGGUCUUCUGUGUUGGACUUGGAUGCUUUGCUUGAAGAUUUGAGGUUGCAAUGCGUCGCCCGUGAUACCUCUUAGGAGAAUUUUCUUAACAAAGUAAGGUUUUCUUAAGUUCUAUAUAGGCCAUUCAGAGCUGCUUCUUGUUCCCUCUUGUUAAUGGCAUAUUGUUUGCUGUUUAUGAAAUAAAUUGUCUAUGCCAAGUUUGAUAGUUUUGUAAAAGCACCACAUCAAAUUCAAGUUUUCAAUGGACUGUGGACAUGGCUGAAAGAUUGAAGUGUUC